AAUGGGAAAGCCACAGGGAUUCACUUACACUCAGGGACAUUUCCAAGGUGCUGUGCCCAAAUUUUAAGGGUUAUGACUGAGGAGUUAUAGAAGAUAAGGAGCAGUGCUUUUGUUCUUUGAAGUUGAACAUAAGAAGUCAAUGUCUCCAUCUCUGGCCAGAUCUGCUCCCAGUGAACUCAACCACUGGUGGACCCAGCUGAGGUUUCGCCUUCAGAACAAAAAAGGAUGGAAUGAGAUGCUGGAUGAAACAUUUAUUUACUACACAAAAAACAUAAAUGACAUUCCUCUCUUCUACGCGGCUAAAAACAACAGUGUGGGCUGCAUCAAGAAGCUAUUAAGCUGCCCUUCCACCAACAUAUUUGACAGAGGAGCCCUCGGAGAGACGGCUCUUCACAUUGCUGUGAUGAACGACAACCUGGACGCUGCCGUGGCUCUGAUGGACGGAGCUCCGGAUCUCAUCAAUGAGCCCAUGACCACUGAGCUUUUUCAAGGUAUUACUCCUCUCCACAUUGCUGUAGUGAACCAGAACCUCAACCUGGUUCAGCAUCUGAUCAGCCAUGGAGCAGACGUCAUCAACCCCAGAGUCACUGGUCUGUAUUUCAGGAAGAGGAUAGGAGGACUUUUGUACUGUGGUGAGCACAUCUUGUCUUUUGCUGCUUGUGCCGGUAAUGAGGAAAUCAUCUCCAUGCUGAUCGAUGCUGGGGCCAGCACUAGGAUCCAAGAUUAUCUAGGAAACACAGUGCUUCACAUUUUAGUUCUGCAACCAAACAAGAUCACGGCCUGCCAAGCCAUUGACCUAAUAUUGACCCGUGAUGCAGAACUGGACCAGUCGGUGCCCCUUGACAUGGUCCCCAACAACAGAGGCCUCACACCUUUCAAGCUGGCUGCCAAAGAAGGAAACAUCGUGGUGUUUCAGCACCUGGUUGAGAAAAGGCGUGUUGUCCAAUGGAGUCUGGGCCCCUUGAGCUCCCACCUGUACGACCUUACUGAGAUCGACUCGUGGGCCGACAGCAUGUCGGUGCUGGAGGUUAUAGUGAGCAGCCAGAAGAGAGAGGCGAGGGGGAUUCUGGAGGUGACUCCUGUGAGGCAGCUGAUCAGUCUGAAAUGGAACCUGUAUGGGAAACAUUAUUUCAGAUUGCUUCUGCUGCUGUACCUCCUGUACAUAGUGGUCUUCACCGUGUGCUGUUUCGUCCGCCCUCUAAAGGACGCUGAUAGGAACUACACAGAGGAAGACCUGGACAAAACCAUCAGGGUCCAGAAGAAGCUUAAUGAGAGUUAUGUGACUUAUGGGGACAGUCUGCGGCUGGCUGGAGAGGUCAUCAGCCUCCUGGGAGCUAUACUCAUCCUGGUGCUGGAGAUUCCUGAUAUACUGAGAGUCGGAGCAAAGCGUUACUUUGGCCAGACAGCACUUGGAGGACCCUUCCACGUCACACUGAUAACCUACGCCGCCUUAGUGGUGCUGCUGUGUGUGUUCAGAGCUUGCGAGGUACACGGGGAGGCCGAGGUGAUGGCGCUGUCUCUGAUUCUUGGCUGGUGCAACGUCAUAUUCUUUGCUCGCGGGUUUGAAAUGCUUGGCCCUUUUGUCAUCAUGAUACAGAAGAUUAUAUUUGGAGACCUGACAAAGUUUAUAUGGCUGAGUUCCAUUGUGCUUAUCGGUUUUUCCACCUCACUGUGGAUGGUGUACAUGACCCAAGAUCCAAAUUCCCUUCCUUCAUACUCCUCCUUCCCAAUUACCGUCUUCUCCCAGUUUGAACUCAGCAUUGGCCUAAUCGACCUGCCUGUGGAUCACUCCUUCAUAACACCCCGCGUUGUCCAUGUGAUACACGUCAGCUUCUCUGUGGUCUCCUACAUCCUGUUGUUCAAUCUGUUGGUUGCCAUGAUGAGUGACACACACUGGAGGGUGGCUCAAGAGAGAGAUGAGCUCUGGAGAACUCAGGUAGCUGUUGCAUGCAUGCACGUCACACCCCCGUCAGUGUUGAUUCAACACUGCUGUGGCACGCUUACAUCUGGAAUAUUUGUUGUGCAGGUUGUAGCCACGACUCUGAUGCUGGAGAGGAGGCUUCCUCGCUGUUUGUGGCCUCGGCUCGGUGUCUGUGGGCUUAGCUACGGCCUCAAGGAGCGAUGGUAUCUCAGGGUCGAAGACAGAAACGACCCAUUGAUACAAAAGAUGCGACGUUACGUCAAGGUCUUCUCUAGUCUGGAUGAAAAGGAGGGACUUGAAAAGUCAGAUGCAAUGAAGGAAAGCCCAAUGCUUCGACCCAAAAACAGAGGACCAGGCAACAGGAAGGCACAGGCUGGGUGGGAGAUGAUCCGUCAGAGUGCUUUAGGUUUAGAGAUGGAGCAGGACGAGCCAGGGGAGAUCCAGGACAUCAGAUACAUUUAAAAUGAGAUUCUACCUGAUCAUAAUCUAAAAUAUUUGAAGCAACAUGUGUCACUGACAAGAUUUAUCUGUUUCAUGUUUUUCUUUGUGAACUGUGCAAUUAUUCCUGCAGUAUUAUGGUAUAGAGAAGCAUGUUAUUUUUAUAGCAAUGUACAUAUUUGAGUAGCAUAUAUAAGUAUAUGUAGCAGUAAUAUAUGCAGUGUUGGAAGAUUUGCAUAUAAGUUAUCAUUGCUUAGUUCAAAAAGGUUCUUUAUCCUUAUGAUUUACCAUUAAAAGACAUUUAGUUGGGGGAACUUUGAUAGAAGUGGUUUGAAUACUUUUUUAUCUUUGAAGUACUUUCAUGAACUAUUAACAGAAUUGUCAUCUUGUCUUAGAGUUGCAUUUGGGUGGUUGCUAUGCAGACUGAGCAGGGACUUGUGUGUGCGCACCCAGCCAAUCCAAGUGUCCUUGAAUGCCAGAUGUGGACGAGUGUGCUUUAUCAGUAUCUGGCCAGUACAAGUUUUAUUCAGUAGGACUUGUAUUUGUGAAACUGUGUAGUCACACCCACAAUACUGUAACAUGACUGUUUUUUCUUUCUUUAAAGAAAAGCUGUGACAGAGGGCAGCUCAUCUUAGAGAAUGGAUUGUCUCUCCCCAGCCAGCCAAAGAACUUUGACUCGUUUGUAUCUUCAUUGCAUACCUUCUCUGAACAUAUCGGUGUAUCUAACUCUGACAAGAGUGAGAAUAAUAAUGAAAGAUUCUAUUGUCAAAGGGGAGAA